AGUAAAGAUAUCUUUUCUGUGGUUUCGUGGUGGUGAAUGGUGAUUUCGAUUUUCGUGCUUUCAAAGAUUGUGAAUUUUAGGAAUUUUCUAUUAAAUAGCAUACGUAUUUAAUUACGCUUUAAUAUUAUUUGCCGAGUUCCAAUUAGUCUCUACAGAAAUAAUAAAUUAUAAAUAUUAGCCACCGGUUUGAAAUAAUAACAAAAAAUGUUUGGAGCCGGAGAUGGUAGCCAAAUUAUCAAGUUGCGUGGAUUGCCUUUCUCCACAACGGUUGAUGAUGUGCUUCAAUUUCUAAGUGGUAUCAGUGUCGUAAACGGGAAAGAUGGUGUCCAUUUAACUGAAGUUCGUCCGGGAAGGCCAUCAGGAGAAUGCUUCGUGGAGGUGGAGACCCAAGAAGAUGUGGAGGAGGCUUUGAAAAAAGACAAGGAAAACAUGGGCAAGAGAUAUAUUGAGGUAUUUUCUACUGACCGUCAAGAUAUGGAAUGGGCUUUGAAUGCAAUGCGUCAGAGUGAGAAUGGCUUUGAGAGCAUCCCAAAUGUCUCUGACGAUUAUGGCAUAGUUAAACUGAGGGGAUUGCCAUUUGGCUGCUCUAAAGAAGAAAUUGAACUUUUCUUUGACGGGUUGACGGUGGCCCAAGACGGGGUGCACUUGCUAUCGGACCACACGGGGCGGGCCUCGGGCGAGGCGUUUGUUUACUUCGUUGACAAGCAGAGCGCUCAGGACGCUCUCGGAAGGGACAGGGAAAAAAUAGGACACAGGUACAUCGAGGUGUUCAUAAGUUCGCCGGACGAGGUGCGCGCCUACUCGUCGCGCAUGGAGGGCGGCGCGUUCAAGUCUGCGCGCGGCUACCGGCCCACGCCCUACGACCGCAACGACCGGUUCUCCGGCGGACGAUUCGGAGGCCGCGGCGGUAGGGGCGGCUCUUUUGGACGGGAUUUCGAAACGAGCGAAUAUCGCCGUGAUUCAUUGUCGAUAUCGCCGGUAGAUACACCAGACAGCACACAAGAAGGGGGGCCUGAUCAAAAUGACAUUUUGGAUGAGUCUAGCUUUCUAGAGGAAACCGCAUCGUCUGAUUUGGACCCUGACAUAAUAGCUGCUCUCGGAGAUUCCACUUCCGACGCACCCAAUUACGGUGAAAACAUUCACGAUCAUUUAUCGAAGUUGUGGCUUGAUUUACUGAAGAAAGGCAUACAGAAGGAAAUUAAAGACAAGUUGCUAAUGGACUACGUGGCUCCAGACAACUGUAGACUCCUGCAAGCGCCUAAGCUGAAUGCAGAGAUUUCUGCUGCCGUACCGGACCCGGUGCGGUAUCGUGAUAAAAGCCUUUCUAUAUCGCAGCAACAGUUGGGCUCAGGCAUCACUGCCAUCAGUAGGGGCAUGCAGAUGCUGCUAAAAGAUGAAAACAAAGUGAAUGCUCUGAAACAUUUCAGCAACGCUUGCCGGUUGCUUUGCGACGCACACCAUUCAGCGACGCAAACUAGAAUAAAACUGUUAACUCCCCAUUUAGAUAACCUAACCUUGAAAAUAAUAAACGAGUCAGAGCGAGAUGAGACAUUAUUCGGCAAAACAUUGUCGGAGAAGAUGAAAGCCGCUAAUGCUAUUGAGAAGCAGCGUCGUUCUGUCAAAAAGCUUACUUUAUCACAAAAAUCAACGGCCCAAACAUCCAGAACCAGCCGAACCACUUCUUCGUAUCAGGGAAACUGGCAAGCGCGACCUCGCUACCAGAGAUCAACAUCCCUUACACACGAGCCUUACUCUGGUUGCCGCGAGGCUCUGCGGGAGUCGUUCACCGGGAAAGGCGGCGGCGCGGGGUACGGGGGCGGGCGCGCGGGCGGCGGGCGGCACGACUCGUGCCACUGCGUUCACAUGCGCGGGCUGCCUUUCAAAGCCUCGCCGCAGGAUAUCGCCUAUUUCUUCAAGCCCAUCCGGCCGAUGAACAUCAACAUCCUGUACGACAACAGCGGCCGACCGUCGGGAGAGGCUGAUGUGGAGUUUGAAUGCCACGAGGACGCCAUGAGGGCGAUGAGACGAGACAAGAACAACAUGGAACACCGUUACAUAGAGUUGUUCAUGAAUUCCUCCCCCGGAGGGGGCGGCCCCGCCGGCGGCAACUUCAAGAACCGCACCUUCAGGAACUACUGACGAGUGACGUCACACAUUUGUACCACAGAAUACUGACACAAAGGCGAAAUGGCGCAGGGGCGGCGGAAAAGUUGCUUAAAACGCAUUGACCUCUUACAUUAAAAGGACGCACAAUCAUGUAGAAAAUAUCACUUGAGAACUGGCCAAUUUUGACUUUGACAGUUUUAGAAUUAUUGGUAAAGAAAAUUAUACCUAAAAGCCUUUAUAGUCCAAUAUUCAAUAAAAUCCCUAAUUCAGAGCAAAUUCAACCUUGGUUGAGUUUAAGGUCGAAUUUGCAAUUGCGACAAUUUGAAUUGAGCGCCAAAAAGUUGUGUUUGGCACUCAUUGUGUGGGGACGUUUUUGGUCGCUGAUUGUGCAUCCACUUUUUAAUAAUUGAAGUUCUUAUUGACUUAUUUUUGUAAUUAUUAUUUUCAGUUUUGCUCACUCACAAAUAACUUGCCUUUUUAUCGGUAAAAGAAGUUUUAAAAUUGGUUCGUCCAGAUAUUUUAGCAUCCAAAUAUCCGUCUACAACUUCAUAAACUUUACCUCCUUAUGAUAUUAGUAGAUAAAUGUUUUUUUUUUUGAUAAAUAAUAUUACAUACAACUACUAAUACAUACAAGUAUAUUAUUAUUUAAAGAAUUUAAAACAUUUGAAACAUUUCGCCUCCUUGCGCCGAAAUUUAUUCUUUUUAGAGGGACUAAAUACACUUUUUAAUGUCAUCGUGUUUAAUUUACAAGUAAAUAAAUUGUUCUGAAUUUGUUAAAUUAUAAUAAAUAUUUUCUUAUAUUAUUUUAAUAAAUAAUUAAAUUAAUUGUAAUAAGUGUGUUUAGUGCCAUCUAUCGUACUUAAUAAUACAAAAUAGUAACAAACCUGAAUGAUUGUAUAAUAUUUUUACUAUAGUAAAAUAAUUCUUACUAGUAAAACGAACAUUUUAAGAAAUUAUCCAAUUCUGUUCCAGCUUAUAAUAAAUAAUAAGUAUUUUUUAAAGUGUUAUUACGCAACGCGAUUUCAAUCAUUUUCACGUUUAUUUGAAAGUGAUUGGCAUUGCUACUAGUCUCGUAAUACUCGUAUAUUAUAUCAAUAAAAGCACUUCAAACAACGUCAAAUUUAACAAUUUUAAGAGUAAAUUAGUUAUGGCCUUGUAUGCGUGAACGACAUAAUAUCUUGUGAAGAAAAAUAAACGUCGACCAAUAGUGGUGGAGUUGAAAAUAUGGGUCUCUUGUUCAUUGCGUUAACACGAAAGAGAAAGCAAUAAUUAAUUAAUAAGGUAGUUGACUCAUAUCAAAUUUAAUAUAAGCAACAUUAGUUUCGUACAUGGAAUAAAGGUCCGAAAUAUAUCGAUAUUAAUUAAUAAAAGUCAAUAAGUUCAUAGAAAACUUUAUUUAAAAAUUAUUUAUUUAUUUUUCCAAGCAUCUAAACCGCUGUCGUUCAAUUUGUGACGUCACAAUGGUACUUCAUGUACUAAAGGAAUACUAAACAUCAAAAUAAUAUAAUAAAUUAAUCAAUUUGACAAACAAUAUACAUAAAUAUGUAUUUAAAAGUUAAAAUGUUUAUGUAUUCACAUCUCGAAAAAAUAUGGUAUUUUUUUCAAUCUAGUAGAACGAUAAUGAACAAUUUAAGAUCAUUUAAAAAAGUGUCAACUAGCCUAUUAAGACAGUGAUACUCGGUAUUAUGUCAGGGUGUGCAUUUUAGGCCUAAUGAAAUAAGUUUUAAUAUUAAAUUAAUUAAUAGCUUGAUUUUAACAAAAAUGUUGUGUAAUGAAUGGGUCCAAAAAUUGUUUUUGUACAAAGAUUUUAAGAUCCAUUUUGGAUUAAUUUACUAAGUGAUUGGUUUUUCGUGGAAAAUGAUGUAAUGAUACGCGCACAAUGCUAUUAUCCUACUACCAUUUUUUUUGAUCCCUUUUUUUUAGUUGACAACAAGUAAUUUUGUCUACCACCUAAUUCCUCAUCAAAAACCACAAGUUUUAUUUUUAAAUAUUUUGUAACAUUAACUUACACUUUAAAUCCUUGGUUUAAGUUCGUCCACGCUUCAUUAGCUAGAUUUUCUAAUAUUUCUAGUAUAUAAAUCAUUAGAAAAUAAUUUUUUUCUUUGAUAUUAUGAAGGUUGAAUUUUCUUCAAUUUUAAAUAAAUUUUUGUACAAUAGAAAAUUACUUUUAUUGAGCUUAAAUUUAACAUUAAGGAUAACAUUUUACAUAUAAAUUUUAGUCACAGUGUAAUAUUAGAUUGAGUCCUUAAAUUGAGUAGUCGGUAGGUACCACAGAACAGACAACGCUAAAAGCUAACGCUUUUAGCAAUAGAAGUAGCAAGGGGGCGUGGCCCGUGUACACCCGGGUGUGCGGAACAUCGCAAGCGUGUCCGCGCAUGUACUAGCAGUCUUGUUUUGUUCUGUGACAAAAGGAAUAAACAAUAUUCAACUCUAAAGUAAGGGUGACAUGUUCCAUUUUUCACUAAAUAUUAAACAGCCAUUUAGGCCACGCCCCUGGGUACGCUGGGUUCAAUACAAAGAAUAGGCACUUAAUAAAUCUAGUUGCCUCUUAUAUCUGUGGUAGGUACAUAAUUUGUAAUACCUAUAAAAUUUAACCUAACUUCAUUCUGAAGCGAUAUUUUUGUUAUUAGUUUUUCAAGUAUUUUUUUUAUCACCAUUCAAUAAUAAUGAUAAUAACAUGCGUAGGUAUACCGGCGUAACUUAUAAGUGGUAGUAUUGAUAACGGUUACUUUUUGUUCUGUUCAUUAUAAUUUUUUAUUAAGUCGAUUAGCUUACAUACUAAACACCAUCGCUCCUGGCACGUAAUAAGACACGUAAGUUCUAUUUACUAACAUACUGGUAUAAAUCUUGCACUUUGUAUAAUAUUCGGUAAAUCCAUCUGCAUAUAUUUUAUAAGUAUUGCUAGGUGUGCCAGGAGCUUUGGUACGAGGUAUAAUAUAGUUUUAAAUGUAUUUAAAUGGAAACAACGAUCCUUGAAUUUUAUGAUAGUUCUGUGGAACAGUGUAGAAUAUUUUAGUACCUAACCGCUAGAGAUAGUUUAGGUUAUGGUUUAAUUAAAAAAACAAAUUACUUUUUACAUUAAUAAACUUUAAAUUGAA